CUGAGAUCAAUCACCUCGUUGGCGAGAAUAGACUACGACGCCAUUGAACGCAUCUGCCGAAUGGGUCUGAGCAAAGUGAACCAUCAGUUUGCUCUUCCAGGCAAGACUCAGGAUGGGACAAGUUCAGACCUUGGUCCAACUUGGCAUGGAAGUACUUCGUCUUCGUCGACUUCCGGACACACGUUGAUCUCGCUUUCCACGAUUCGGCUGCAAUGA